GCAGGUGCAGGUGCAGGUGCAGUGCUGCCAGGCCAGAUUUGCUUCCUUCACUGUACCCGACUGCAGUCGGUAUAUGCCAUCCUUUUUCCAUAAAUUCUGCGUCCCCUAAGCUACCUCUCUGCUAUUCCAAAUCCAACCUCCCUUCCUCCCUCCCACACUCCCCAAUUGCGAAUUUCUUCGUGUUGGAGCUUAAUUGGGAACUAGCGGAUGGCAAUGGGGAAGAUAUCCGUGUCUUCGAUUUGUCUUCUUCUUCCAAUUGGUCCCCUGUUUUUGGCUACUGGAGCGCUGUUCUCACCGGCAUUGAUGGCAGCCGGGUAUGACUACGGCGAAGCUCUUUCCAAGAGCCUUUUGUUCUUCGAAGCUCAGAGAUCUGGCUACUUGCCGAGGGAUCAGAGAGUGCAGUGGAGGGUUCCAAAUUCAACGAGGGCAACUAAACACGAGGGUUGCGUGGACCUCGUUGGAGGAUACUACGAUGCAGGUGAUAACGUCAAGUUUGGUUUGCCGAUGGCGUUCACAAUCACCAUGCUGUCCUGGAGCAUUAUCGAAUACGGAAACCAAAUCGCUUCCGCUGGAGAGCUUCACCACGCCAUUGAUGCGGUCAAAUGGGGAACUGACUAUCUCAUCAAAGCGCAUCCCCAACCUUACGUCCUCUACGGCCAGGUUGGGGAUGGAAACACGGAUCAUGAAUGCUGGCAAAGGCCAGAGGACAUGACCACCUCCCGGGCUGCUUAUAAGAUCGAUUCCAGCCAUCCCGGAUCUGACCUCGCGGGUGAGACAGCCGCCGCCAUGGCCGCAGCUUCCAUCGUUUUUUGCGGUCAUAAUGUUUCCUAUUCAGCACAGCUCCUCGAGCAGGCCAAUCAGCUCUUCGAAUUUGCGGACAAGUACAGGGGUAACUAUGACAAUAGCAUUACGGUAGCACAGGAGUAUUACCGAUCCGUCAGCGGCUACGCCGAUGAAUUGCUGUGGGCAGCGGCAUGGCUGUACAAGGCAACAGACAACGAGUACUACUUGAAUUACCUAGCGGACAAUGGCGAUGCACUUGGGGGAACCACUUGGACCAUGACUGCGUUUGGGUGGGACGUCAAGUAUGCUGGUGUCCAAACCCUUGUUGCCAAGUUUUUGAUGGAUGGAAAGGGGAUUCAUCAUGCACUACCAGUGUUGGACAAGUACCGAGAGAAGGCGGAGCUGUUCAUGUGUUCAUGUCUGGGUAAGGGCGGCGCCGUUGGCAAUGUCCACAAGACUCCUGGGGGUCUCAUUUUCACGCAGAGGUGGAAUAAUAUGCAGUUUGUUACCAGCGCUUCCUUCCUCACAUCAGUCUAUUCUGAUUAUCUCACAUCUGCCGGCGAGUCCCUCCAUUGCGCUGAUGGCGGCGGCGUCCGUGUUGCCCCCUCCGAGCUUCUCUCCUUUUCUAAAUCUCCGUGAAGCAUUUGAAGCUCUUCAUUGGGAAGGCGGCGGAGACGGAGGGCCCUCUAUCGCUGUGGGGUCUGACAAAGUCCAAGUCGUCGUCGUCGUCGUCGUCGUCUAGGUCUACCUAUUAUACGUUUCCGGCGUGGAUAAACUCCUUGGGUAGUGGAGAGAGCAUGGAGUUUGUGUACAUCCACUCGGCUCCUUCUCCAGCAGAGACAUGGGUGUCCGGCUACACUCUUGUCUAGCCCACUAAUUAAUUGUCGUUAUUAUUAAUAUUGAAGAUAAGUAGUGAUCGGCGGGUAUAGGAUGAUGUGGCGCCAAGUAGAAGAAGACGAAGAAGAAAGGAGAGAUGGGAGAGAGGAUCCAAUAUAAUACCUGUCUGUCGUCUUGUGCUCGUCCUCUUUCUUCCAUGAGGAACUACCCAGCUAGCUUAAUUAUUUGUCUUCUGGCUGGCUCCACUGAAAUGUGUGUGUAAUGCCCUAUUAUUUUUAAAACUUGCAUUUUGCAUAGUUAUAUAUAAUAAUUUAGUCUCA